ACGGUCGGCAGAUACGAAUAUUUCAGGCGGCACAGUGUCUCCGAAUGACGCACUGCCGUUGCUGACCGAAGACGACACCUUCUGUUUGUUGGAACGGCCGUUUGCAGCACUAUACUUCGCUGUUAUGUUGGCGCCCACGUUGUCUUCCGUCUGCUGCCGUCGUCGUCUACUGUUUCAUGGCCGACGUGUUCCGCAGGCUGCCGCUGCUGCUCCUGGCUGUCCUGAUGCUGCUCCUCUUGGUUGUCUUCCACGUGUGUAUCCUCGGGAACGUACCGCGGCGUCGAAGCAAAAGAAGGUCUUCGAUGAAGGACGCCAGGACGGCGGCACGGCAGGCAAUCGCCAGGUUCGGAGGGGAGCAGAUGAGGAGGAGGAGGAGAGACGGCCACGCACCGUGUCGUUGGGCAGCGGAUCGACGCAGGAGUGGGCAGCUACGGAGCUGUGCGGGACGGGCGGCGGCGUGUACAAGCAAUCGUUCACUGAACUCCUUCGCCCGAGCCUUAGCGGCAAUGAAGGAGAUGGCCACGUCAACCUGUCGUUUGGUCUGUCCACCGGGCGGUCCUCGACUCCAUCGCGCACAAUCCUCGUGCACCCCCACCCCGACGACGACGGCCGGCAAUUGACGGGUGUCAACCGAUCAUCGAAGACGAGGGUGUUGGCGCGCGAUACGAGGGGAGCGGACCCGAACUCGUCGACGCAGCAAGCACGGGCGUCGUCUCUGUCCAGGGCCGCCCAGGCUCGACCCCACUGGAUGAUGUCGCCGUCUCCUCUGUCUGCCGCGUCCGAAGUGGCCCGCCGCCGUGGCGGUAGCGUCGACGCCGGGAUGGACUUCUUUGACGUUGGUGAUGAUCGAGACGGGAGGGAGGUGUGGAAGGAACACCGACAGGAGCUUUGGGCGUGGCGAGAGGAAUCCAUCCCACGGGGGGUGGAGCGUCUUUGCGUGGGUGAGCGGGAGAAGGAAACGGAUGAUCCACCUGUGGAAGCAGACGACGACGACGAAGACGACAACGACGGAGAAGGCGGGGAAGGGGGGGACGGUUACGUGUCGCUGUCCUUGCAGAGCGACAUGGCUCUUAAGGGCGGGAAGUCGAAGUCUUCUGGCCGCAAUGGUCGUCCGCGGGCGAAGAGAGGUGCGGGGCGAGAAGACGACGACGAGGGGUCGACGCGAGGUUCUUCCCAGACGACAGGUACCCCCGCUGGUUUUGGGAAGAGGAAGAGAACGAGACAACAGACUUUCGACGCGCUGACGGAAUGCAUGGAGAAGCAUGGGGCGCUAAUGGCGUCGACGAUGGAGAGUGCGAGCAAGCGACAAUGCUCCAUCCAGGUCCGGCAGUGCGAGGCUUUGGAAGCUCAAGUGGAAGUGCAGAGGAAGCACUAUGCUGCGUCGGACGAAGCCAUGAGCGGUAGAGUUGAUAGGCUGUGUGUUGUGCAAUUGUGGGAUGUCGGCAACGAGUCAGUAGGAGGCUUUCCCUUUUAGUCGUAUUGGUAGGCAGGUUGUAGUGGACGCGGCGGGUCGUCUUUGGUCGUUCCUGGUCGGCGGUGACCCCUUGAGGAGGGUCACUCGCCAUGUGUACAAUUUCGUGUUGUGGCUGUGAACGUCGUCUAAUGCUGCGGUGUUC